AUGCCCCCAACAUCCAUCCCCCUCUCCCAAGCCAAGACCCUCCUCGCCCGCUUCACAACCUUCCUCACAGCCGCCAUCCACACAAUCCUCUACCACCGCCGCAUCUACCCCCCGGAAACCUUCCUCACAACCCGCUCCCACAAUCUCCCCAUCCACCAGUCCCGCCACCCCGCCCUCUGUGCCUGGAUCAACGACGCCGUGGCCGCCGUAGUAGCGCAGAUCCGCUCCGCCUCCGUCCGCCGCGUCGCCCUCGUCAUACACGCCCCUCCCGACUCAAACGCCUCUAGCGUAACCGUCGUGGAGAGAUGGGUCUUUGACAUUGAAGGGUGGCCGGCGUUUCCUGAAAGCAUACCUGCCGAUUUCAAGGGCAAAGGGAGAGAGAGGAGCGGUGGUGGUGGGAAUGAGGACGAGGAGGAGAACGGCGGUGAGGUCGGCGGUGCUGCUGCUGAGGGCCCGGGUGUUAAUUGGGUGGAUGUUCAGGAACAGCUGAGGGCUGCGCUGAGGAGGAUAUCGUAUGCUGGGGAGAAGCUGGGUGGGUUGCCCGCGGGAUGUACGUUUACAGUUGCUGUUGAGCUGAACGAUGAAGCGCCUGCGCCGAUAGGGCAUCCCCAAGCUUGGAUCCCCUCGGAACCAAACCUCCAACCACCGUCGGCAUCCAGGGAGCAAGCGGGCAAAGACGUCGGCGGAAGAGCCACUCCCAUUCGCUCCGUCGAGGCAGGCCCACUCUUCUUUGAAUGCUGGGUCGAGGAGGGCGAUUCUGGGAUCCUAGAGAGCUUGAGAACACAAUCCUCCCAGCAGACGGAAGAUAGCCAAUCUAUGCCCCUCGCGUGA